AUACUCCAUCCAUGAUCCAUCCAGUCAACAAAGGAGGAACAAGACUCUGCUCUCUGCUCUAGCACCACGACGCUUCCCGUAGCCUCGAUCCCUCCCCCUCAUCCCCAGGAUCUGGAUCAUCAGCUGCCCUGCCCUAGUGGAAAGAAACACCACGCCUGCCUUUCUCACCGCUCCAUCGUCUUCCUCGCCCGGUGGAAACAAUCCGCAAGGUGCUACCAGAAGUGAACUGCAGCUAUGGGCAAUUUGUGCUGCUGUGUUCAGGUUGAUCAGUCUACCGUGGCCAUCAAGGAGCAGUUCGGGAAGUUUGACAGUGUGCUUGAGCCAGGAUGCCACUGCCUGCCUUGGUUCGUGGGGAAACGUGUAGCUGGUCAUCUCACACUCAGGCUGCAGCAACUCGAUGUGCGCUGUGAAACUAAGACAAAGGACAAUGUGUUUGUCAAUGUUGUCGCAUCUAUUCAGUAUCGAGCUCUGGCUGACAAAGCAAGUGACGCGUUCUACAAACUAAGCAACACAAGGUCCCAGAUCCAAGCUUAUGUCUUUGACGUGAUCAGAGCAGGUGUCCCAAAGCUCAACCUGGAUGAUGUUUUCGAGCAGAAGAACGAUAUAGCAAGGGCUGUGGAGGAUGAACUUGAGAAGGCCAUGUCGGCCUAUGGCUUUGAGAUUGUGCAGACACUCAUUGUGGACAUCGAGCCAGACGAGCACGUCAAGCGCGCAAUGAACGAGAUCAAUGCAGCUGCAAGGCUGAGGGUGGCUGCGAACGAGAAGGGGGAGGCGGAGAAGAUCGUGCAGAUCAAGCAUGCCGAGGGUGAGGCGGAGGCCAAGUACCUGUCCGGCCUCGGCAUUGCCCGCCAGCGGCAGGCGAUCGUGGACGGGCUGAGGGACAGCGUGCUGGGGUUCUCCGUGAACGUGCCCGGGACAACGGCCAAGGACGUGAUGGACAUGGUGCUCAUCACCCAGUACUUCGACACCAUGAAGGAGAUCGGCGCGUCAUCCAAAGCCUCGUCGGUGUUCAUCCCGCACGGCCCCGGCGCGGUGCGCGACGUUGCCACGCAGAUCCGCGACGGCCUCCUCCAGAGCUCUGCGACCCAGCAGUAGCCGCAUCACUAGACUGGAGCAGUUGAGCGAACUCACAGCCGGUUUACUAGCUAUGCUAUCGUACUAGUGUCACUCCGUAUGAUGCCUGUCUAUAUUGUCUUGUCGCCUUCUCUUUCUGUCUAGACGAUGUGUGGAAUACUAUAACUUAGACUGAUGCGUGCUGAGAACUUCAAUUUGAACCUUUUUAGGGACUGGGAAUGCAGCAUGAGUUUGCAGUGUGUUAAAAA